AAAAAGAAACUUGGAGAGCUGUCAUUAGUCAUGCCCCGACAAUUGAGAUCAUAAAUUUGAUAUCUGCGGAUAACGGUGACAGUUGAAUUAACUAUCGAUUACAAAACAGAGGUAAAGACUCAAAUCGAACAACAUGAAGUUACCAUUAGUGUUUUUCACCACAACUGUCAUCUGUGCGUACGCCUACAGUUUGCCAUACACCCUCUAUGGCUCAUCGGCUUCUAGUGAGGAGGAAUAUCAGGUGCUCGUCUCCUCUGCACUGGGUCAACGUCCACUCAGCUUACCGGGUGUUGGUAUUUACAAUCAACCCAUUUUACAGGCGGUUAAAGUGAAAGUGCCACGCUAUCUGACUCCGGAUAUUAAGAAGCUGUAUAUUGCACAAUAUUUGGCAGCCCGUGGCUUGACUCUACAAGAUUUUGCCGCACAGCCGGCAGAGGGAGGUCUGAGCAAUGUGGCGCCUGCUGACGGGAAUGUAGCGCCCACACCAGAAGUGGAUGUGGUGGUACGUAUACAGCGGCAGGUGGGUGAAGUUUCAGAGGUUGCGGUUCCACAAGUGGAUGCUAACAGGGAAACUGUCGCAGUAGCUGUGCCUGUUGCUGAACAUUGA